UUCUCAUUCGGACAGAGCCGAGAAGAUAGUGGGAUAUACUUGGUGCCAAAUUAAUUCAGUUUGUAGUUGUAACUCUUCUGUCCUCAAGAUUUGCUACUUCUUAGAGACACAGAUUUUUAGAGUGCGUCGUUCGUGCGUCAUACACAUUUCCUUGUUGGGUGGUCGGAAAUGGAGGACAAGUCGGAUUCCGGUCAGAAGGUGUCGCUGUUGGGAAGAGAGGGAUGUAGUUGGCGGCUCCGUCGGAGAAACUCGUACAACUCCCUCAUAAACGACUUCGUAUCGAGGCUGCCGAACAAAGUCCGAGCUGGUCUUGACCCCGAGUCACCGGACGUGAUCAACUGCUCACGUACCUCGGGAUUAAACGAAGGAGAGAAGGAAUACUAUGAAAAACAGUUUGCAACCCUCAAAUCUUUUGAGGAAGUUGACGCUGUAGUCUCCUCUGACUGCAUUGAUGAGGAAGAUCUUGCAGAACAAUUACAACAUGAAAGAGCAAUGAAGAUCUCCAACUUUGCAAAUAUAAUUCUCUUGGUCCUUAAGAUUUAUGCUACUGUAAAAAGUGGGUCCAUAGCCAUUGCUGCUUCAACACUGGAUUCGUUAUUAGAUCUCAUGGCGGGUGGCAUACUCUGGUUUACUCACCUGGCAAUGAAGAACGUUAAUAUAUACCACUAUCCUAUUGGAAAAUUGAGGGUUCAGCCUGUUGGCAUAAUCAUCUUUGCUGCUGUCAUGGCUACACUUGGGUUUCAGAUAUUGAUCCAGGCCCUAGAACAAUUAGUUACAGCUGAUCCCACUGAACAGCUGACCUCAGAUCAAUUGGCAUGGUUGUAUGGAAUCAUGUUGUUUGCCACUGCGGUAAAACUUGCACUGUGGCUCUAUUGCAGAACCUCAGGAAAUAAGAUUGUCCGUGCCUAUGCAGAGGAUCACUAUUUUGAUGUGGUGACAAAUGUCGUUGGAUUAGCUGCUGCUGUACUUGCUGAUAAGUAUUAUUGGUGGAUUGAUCCUUCUGGUGCUAUUAUCCUUGCUCUGUAUACGAUCAUAAAUUGGUCUAAAACUGUAAUGGAAAAUGCAGUUUCGCUGGUGGGACAAUCAGCCCCUCCUGAAUUCCUACAAAUGUUGACAUAUGUUGUCAUAAGGCACCCUAAAGUGAAGCGCAUUGACACAGUUCGUGCUUACACAUUUGGUGUUCUUUAUUUUGUGGAGGUUGACAUUGAACUCCCAGAAGAUUUGCCCUUAAAAGAAGCACAUGCCAUUGGAGAGACCCUCCAGAUAAAACUCGAGAAGCUUCCAGAAGUGGAGCGAGCAUUUGUUCAUCUCGACUUUGAAUGCGACCACAAACCAGAGCACAAUGUACUCGUCAAGCUUCCAAACAGUCAGCCCUGAUUCAGCAGUACAUCUCGAUUUCCAAGUGAGUUAGAUCGAGUCCCAAACUGCUUGUUUUUAAGUAGCUUGUGUUGCAGAUGUAUGCCUUGGAUUAAUAAGGAAAGAAACUGGCACCAGACUGCUUUUUAUAGUCUUUCAGAA